GAUUGGGUCGGCGGUGAAGAAUGUAGACCCGGCCGCUCCCCAUGGUAAAACAAAAUAAUCCGGCGAUGCUGGAUGUUCAGAGCGGGGCGCUCGCAGCCCCGCCGCCGGCCGUAGGCUCACCUCGGGUUCCCCCACGCUUUCCCCCUCGUCCCGCCCCUGCCCUGCUCGGGUGAACGCCCGCAGCGACGUCCGAGGUGACAGGAGAAAGGAGCGGAAGGAUAUCUUUCGGAGACGGCCGUCCGCUUGAGGCGAGAGAGUGUGACAGAGGAAGUAGUUCCGGCCCCGAUUGGGCCUUGUUUCCCAAAAAUAGCGCCCAGCGGGUAUCCGUGCGCCGGUGUCAGUGUCUCCUGAGGAGCCUCAGCGGGGAGGAGGCAGGAGCGGCGGCGGCGGGCGGCGAGGGGACGCGGGCGGGUGCUUAUAAGAAGAAAUAGGAACCUUUUCUCAAGCUGAAGACAAAGUAAAAGAAAACUGUAUCAUGUGUUAGAAUACUGAAGAGUGACAUUUCUUGGAUUAGUAUAUUUCUGGAUUGUGAAGCAAAAGAAAGAAGAGGCUGAAAAUGGGGAGAAAGAAAAUACAGAUCACAAGAAUAAUGGAUGAACGGAACAGACAGGUCACCUUUACAAAGAGGAAGUUUGGAUUAAUGAAGAAGGCGUAUGAGUUGAGUGUACUCUGUGACUGUGAAAUAGCACUCAUCAUUUUUAACAGCUCUAACAAACUCUUUCAGUAUGCCAGCACUGAUAUGGACAAAGUUCUACUUAAAUACACAGAAUACAAUGAGCCCCAUGAAAGCAGAACCAACUCAGAUAUCGUUGAGACCUUAAGAAAGAAAGGCCUUAAUGGUUGUGAGAGCCCUGAUGCUGACGAUUACUUUGAGCACAGUCCACUAUCGGAGGACAGAUUCAGCAAACUAAAUGAAGAUAGUGAUUUUAUUUUCAAGCGAGGCCCUGCUCUGAACAAGAAGGAACACAGAGGGUGCGACAGCCCGGACCCUGACACUUCAUAUGUGCUCACGCCACAUACAGAAGAAAAAUAUAAAAAAAUUAAUGAAGAGUUUGAUAAUAUGAUGCGGAAUCAUAAAAUCGCAGUGAGUACUAAACCUGGCUUGCCUGCUCAGAACUUCUCGAUGUCGGUUACAGUUCCAGUGUCCAAUCCCAACACUUUAACCUACAGUAACCCAGGGAGUUCCCUCGUAUCCCCAUCACUGGCAGCCAGUUCAUCAUUAACGGACACGACCAUGCUCUCCCCACCUCAGACCACCCUGCAUCGGAACGUAUCACCUGGGGCCCCUCAGAGACCACCAAGUACUGGCAAUGCAGGCGGAAUGCUGGGGACAACUGACCUCACAGUGCCAAAUGGAGCUGGUACCAGUCCAGUUGGAAAUGGCUUUGUGAAUUCUCGAGCUUCACCAAGUCUACUCGGAACUACUGGUGGUGGGAAUGGCUUGGGCAAAGUUAUGCCUACAAAGUCUCCACCUCCACCUGGAGGUGGUAAUCUUGGAAUGAACAAUCGCAAGCCUGACCUCCGUGUUGUCAUCCCACCCUCCAGCAAGGGUAUGAUGCCACCAUUGUCGGAGGAGGAUGAAUUGGAGUUGAAUACCCAAAGGAUAAGUAGUUCUCAGUCUACACAGCCUCUUGCUACCCCUGUGGUGUCUGUGACAACUCCGAGUUUGCCUCCGCAGGGAUUGGUGUAUUCGGCCAUGCCUACUGCCUACAACACUGAUUACUCCUUGACUAGUGCAGACCUGUCUGCCUUGCAGGGAUUUAACUCCCCGGGAAUGCUGUCCUUAGGGCAGGUCUCUGCCUGGCAACAGCACCAUCUCGGUCCAGCAGCCCUCAGCUCUCUCGUUACUGGCAGCCAGCUAUCUCAGGGUUCAAAUUUAUCCAUUAAUACCAACCAAAACAUCAACAUAAAAUCUGAACCAAUUUCACCUCCCCGGGACCGUGUAACUCCCUCUGGGUUCCCGCAGCAGCAGCAGCCACAACCGCAGCAGCCGCAGCCGCCGCCGCCGCAGCAGCAGCCGCAGCCGCCGCAGUCGCGGCAGGAAAUGGGCCGCUCUCCUGUUGACAGUCUCAGCAGCUCCAGCAGCUCCUACGACGGCAGCGACCGGGAAGACCCGAGGAGUGAUUUCCAUUCACCCGUGGUGCUGGGAAGGCCACCGAAUUCCGAAGAUAGGGAGAGUCCAUCGGUAAAACGAAUGAGGAUGGACACGUGGGUGACAUAAGCUUGCGGUGUUGCCUCUUCAGUUUUGUGUUCUCAAAAUGAACUGUCCUGACAUAUCUAAAUUUAUAAAUAAGGACAUAAAAUAAGUAUAUUUAUAUGUAUAUACAUACAUGCAUAUAUAUAUCUUCACAUGCAUAUAUAUGUGCUAGUGUGUGUAGCAUACACGGAAUCAUCAGGCACUUACGACAAACUUCUUGUAUAGCUGCAGAUGUCCCAUGGUAAAACGUAACAGAACAAUCCUGUAGGUAUUGAUCUAGUCUGGCACUUACCUGGACUCGUUGUUUUAAUAAUAUAACCUGUUUUGCAAAGAAACCUUGUACCCGCAUUAUAAUCCUACCACACUAGAUUGCAGAAACCGAGAGGGCUCGCCUGUAGUAACGUCCCUGUGUGUUUUAUUCAAGCUGUAUGGUUACUUGUAGUUAAGAAAUAAUGCUUUGUAGCAGCAGAGCAGUAGAAAAGCAGGAAGAAGAAAGCAAUACUGUACAUAAAAUGACCUUUAUAUUACCCAACCUGGCAUGGGUCUCUAUUGCAGAGGGUGCAUGGAGAAGGGCUGAUGCUAUAAGAAAUAAUAAAAAAACAAAACAAAAACAAAAACCCUGUUUUGCACGUGCAAAAAAAAAUAGUGUAUUGGGUCAAAGAAGUGAUUUUUUUAAUGAGUGAAAGAGAGACAUAGAGAACUCGCAUGAAAUAUUCAGAAAAUAUUAGCCUAGAAAAUAGAACAUUAACAAAAUAAAAUUAAUAUAUUAAGUUAUAAUUGGAAUAUGUUUGACAAAUUUGUUUUUACGUUCAUACCUUUGAAAAAUAUAGAAACGGAUUUUAGCUCAUGUAUAUUUUAUAUUAAAGAAAACAAUACCCUAAUGAAUUGAAGACUAUAUAUAAAGUUAUAUACAGUACUUUUGAACACAUUCUGCUAUGAAUUAUUUAUAUAAGCCAAAGCUGUAUGUUGUAGCUUUUUUGUAGAGUAUAGUUUUAUCUUAUUUUGACUUUCUAGUUUUUGCUUUCAAAGAUGAAAAGGAAAAACUUGCAGGCGGAACCUUGGGGGAAAAAUAAGCCAUGAACACUUAUAUGUAAAUUUAAAUUUGAGCCAAACUCUUUGUGUAUAUAGCAUCCUAAAUAUAUUAUCACCUUUGGUGUAAGUACCUAUGUAUUGUACGUUCACCAGAUUAAAAAGUAUAUUUUUGUGGAUUGACGCCAACUUGAAAAAAGGCGAGGUCCUUAUUAAGUAGAGUAUUCACUGUUUAAUAUUUACUAUUUUGUUAAAUAUACUGUACUUUCUUUGGAUUUUAAUUAUUAUUAAUAUUAUUAUCCAGAUUUUUCAGAGGGUGUAUAAAGGGGUUGUCCCCCUCACUGGUGGUGAAUGUGUGCCGUUAAAUUGUAAUCUCUGUGCUGUAUGGUUAAGCUUCAUUAUACAUUUUAUAUAUAUGUAUAUAAAUAGCAAAGUGGCAAAAAAAAAAAAUAAUCCGGUGUUAAGUUCAUCCUGCAUAAAUAUAAAAAAUCUGUUACAACACAUUUUAAGGCAUCAUUUUAAAGCUGCCUCUUCUGAGGAGGAAAAAAAAAAACCACAAAAAAACAAAACAGUGGAAAAACUUGACCUAAUUUCUCAUGAUAGGGAAAUAACACAUAUCAGACGAGCACAAAAGGUUUUUUCAGUUGGUAAGUGGUUUGGGAUAAAGCCUCAGCCUCAGAAACAAGUUUGUGUUCCUCGUUGCUGCUGCCGUGACAGAGGGAGGGAUGCAGAGGCCUGGCCAGGAGGAGGGUUGGCAGCUGUUGGACGCGGCAGGGCCUGGCUGGGCCGAGCAGGGGCCGGGGCCGGCGAGGGCAGGGCCUUCCUCCCGCUGACGCGUGGGCCCCGCUCACACCACUCCGUUGAGGGGUUUGGGCUGGGUUUGAGCAGCGAAAAGUCUCAGGAGCCAAACUCGGUUUGGUGGCUGAUGCCAGCCUGGCGCGGUGGAGCUGACGGGGCGGUAGGGAGCCGCCUGGGGAGCCCUGUCGGCAUCUGGCCUCUUCCCAGGUCCCUCUGCGCGUCCCCCCGUCCUGCAGGGGGGAUGUGUCCGCCUGUGCUGGGAACCAAAGUAACGAGAUACAACUCAAUAGUUCUGGGGAAGAAACUACAGUGCUGUUUUAUUAUCCAAACUCCUGAAGUUGUCCCUCAUAUUUAUUAAAUUCUUGCUUGGGCUUUAAAUUUUUUUUUUUUUUUUAGUAAUUUAAAAAAAUGAUGCUGCGAGUAAGAAGUGUGAGAAAUGGAAAUGCAGCGGGGACAGCGCUCUCCCCGGCUGCUCCCUUUAGUGGGUGACUGAAGAACAAAGUCAGUACCUGCGGCUUCCAAAUCCCAUCUCUUGUUGUCAUGGUAACUUCUAAAAAACGUACAGGUUUCAGUUCGUUCCAGCCACUUACCUUUGGAAAUUCCGCUUCAUUUAUUGUAGGUAGUUGUCGGUUUACAGGAGCGCAGAGGAAAAUGAGACUUCUAAUGGCAAUGCUGUUUCCAAAGCGACUGAAUUCACUUACCACUUCAGAGAACCUUUUAAUGCUCUGAAAAGUUAUGUGAUUUUUUUCAUUAUUUAUGCACAUAUAUGAACUUUGCUGUACAUCAGAGUGGGAGUUCUGCAUUCACAUUUACUGUCUAUUUUCUUGUGUGCCUUAUAAGAUGGCUUUGCUGACUGUAUCUCAAUAGUCUUUAUUUCUAUGCAGGUUUUUAAACAGUACUAUUACUGUUUUCUUAAAGAAAAAAGCUACAUAAGGGUUAGAGUUUGUAUUGAAAUUGCACCAAGGAAUUAAAAAAAACCCUAAUAAUCGGUUCUGAAGAGCUGCCCACGGGCCUGGUCCCGUGUUGCCCCAAACCCUGCACCAGAGUGGGCAGAAGAGACCUCCCCGCGCCUCCGCCUCGGGGGGGCGUCUCCUUGCCACUGAACGAGCGGGAAUCCUGGGUUUUAAUACCAAGUAACUAACUUUGGAACAUACUUUUUUUAGGAAUUGUAAAAAUGUUUUAUAAAAAAAUAAAAAGAGGACAUAGCACAGAUAUUUCAACAGGUUCAAAAAUACUUUUUUUAAGCAAUUGUACUGACUGAAGUUGCAAGUGGAUCCGGUCCUGGUCUGAUCCCAUUCAAGUCUGAAUGAUUGGAGAUUUUUAUCUUCUAAUGUGACAAAUCACCUCUCCAUCUUUGAGCUCUCACCAUAGGAUUUAAAAAUACACGUUAUCAGGGAUUCGUCAGAGAAAAAUGCUUUAGCCUUUCCUUUCACUUAGAGGACACUAAUGCAUCAGAAACUUGCGAAUUACUGUGCGCACAAGAAAUACAUAGUAAAUAAGGAACAAAAUAACUCCUAACAAUUGAUCAUGGGAAGAAGUUAAAUUAGAAUGUGAAAGAAAGACUUAACAAAUGUAAACAUUUAAAUCUUAGUAGAAACUUUCUUCACUUUGCUGUGCAAGAGAACACUGCUUUGCUAUAUUUAAAAUGGCUUUUUUAAAAGAGAUUUAUGUAUUUGGUAAAUGUUUGUAGUCAACAGUUCACAAAGAAGCUGUUCACGGUUUAAUGAUGAUAAGCCGUUUGGCGGCACAAGCUGGACUUUGUUGCCAUCCUUGAGACGAAUCUUUUAAGAAAAAAAUAAGUUAAUCUCAAUUUUUUCCCUGAAUGUGUUGUUUUUUCUUCAAUAUACAAUAAAUAUUCUAGUGAACUUUUUAUCAAAUGGUUAAGAAAAUGCUAGAGGUUGUUGUAAAAUAUUUGUAUCCUGCAUUCACUAAAGUAAAGAUACUGGCUUUUACUGUGUA